UUAAGCAUUACCAAACAUUUUGUGCUAUAAACACGUCUCAUAUACUGUUUUAAGUCAUUAUUUUAGUUUUAGCAGUUAUCAAGAAGAACCAUGUCUUGCUCCAAGUUGAGGAAGUUUGCUCAUGCCGAAGAGUACAAGUACAAUGAUGGUGUUGCCUUUCAAUUCAAGUUCUCCAUGGGAGCAAAUUUGGCCCUGAGAUCUGUUGACUUCAAAAAUGGUGUCCCAAAAUUUCAUUUUGAACCGUCGCAAAAUGUGUCUGUGCUGACCGAAGAAGAUGUGGCUGUCAUUAUCAAGCUUUGCCUAGAGAACAAACGGCCUGGAUUCUUCUACGAAGGAUUUCACCCAUUUCAUCCAUUCUCUGAAAUGGGUCGACUCUUCAAAGGCUACAGUCCCAGGUGGCUGCGAGGUACUUCUGUGGGAGAGCUGCUAGCUGAAGCCGAUUGGUCAAUGAAGUGCCUUCACGUAGGUGUGAAAAGUGACAAGGAAAAGAAAAACUUCUCAGCAUGGAACGAAACUAGCAAUCUGAGAGGGUUGAGAACUCGAGAGGAUUUUCCUGAAGAUCUUGAUGGAGCUACAAUUAUUAUGAGCUGCCAGUCGGUUGAUGUUGACAAACGAAAUGAUGAACUUUACUUCGUGGCUGAACCUAAAAUGCGGAUUGACUGUGUGCGGGAUGGACACAAUUUGGAGUACUCAAAGUACAUCACCGAGAUUUUUGACAGUGUGGCCUACCACGAUGAGCCAAAGUUUCUGAAAAUGAAAGAAAUCAUCAAGCUUGUUCUCGCGGUAGAAUGGCUGAAAGAGAAGCUAGAUGAGAAGAACAUGAAGUUCAGCCAAGUUUGGAUUGAUGAGCACCUUCAAAAGCGAAAGCAACACCCAACUGAACGAAUCCAAGUGACCGUUCCUCCUCAAGAGGCUCAGCGCCUCAUCAACAAAAUGGUAGAAGCCAAGAACGAUAAACAGCUUGCUCUGCCUAAUUCGUCUGGAUUGAGCAAGAAAGUAUCAAAGACAGGCUUUGAAGUUGGAACCACAGCAAAUUUACUUGGCUAUAACAUUCCAGUUGCAUGCAGAGCAUCGUUCAACGACUACGAUUACCUGUUUGAAGGCCAAGAUCCAAACCAGCUAACUAAACUCGGUCUGGACAAAAACACCGGAAAGCUAGUAAUUGCCCGACCCAAUGUGAAAUCAUGGAACGAGUUGUACAGUCAGACGGUCCCUCAACCAUGCACUGUUUCCUACACUGCUGAUGGUCUCAUAGGCCCCGCUAUAACUGGAGGUGUCUCUACCAGCAGCUUUAAAACAAAUCAAGUAAGACGUGAACACACUCGAACUACGGAGGAAGUUGUGGUACCAGCUGGACAGAGGAAGAGCUAUGCGGACAUUCCCGAGCCAAAAGCAACAGUUGUUCCAACUUUUAACGUGGGUGUUACUACAGUACAAUCUGAGCUCCGAGAUGGUAUGCGAAAAGAUGGUGUGAAACAUGGAGCUGGGUUCUGUGAUAGUACAUCCCUCUCUGUCUCGAGCGAAACGGGACAGAAAAUGAUUCAAGAGAAGAAACUUGAAAUGCACAUUUCGGCAGGAGGUGGCAUUGGAUAUCUUGGUUGCAAUCAUGAGGUGGUGGAGCUAAGACGUGAUGGGAAGAAAGGACUACGAGUGAAACUGCACAAUCAUUUACUUCCAGACAAAAAUCUAGCUAGUGAGUGUAUUGCUAUGUCCUGAAAAAAGACUUGGUUAUGUACUUGAUAUGUGUAUGCAUUGUUGUUGUUUUUUUCUAUUUUUGUUGUGUUUACACCUACUUUAAUUUGCAUGGCUUCUCCACUUCUUGCCAA